UUUUUGUUUUGUUUUGUGUAGCCUGGAGCAAGCUUGGAGCAGACACACAUUUUUGUACUGGCACAUAUUCUUAGACGACCAAUUAUAGUUUAUGGAGUAAAAUACUACAAGAGUUUCCGGGGAGAAACUUUAGGAUAUACUCGGUUUCAAGGUGUUUAUCUGCCUUUGUUGUGGGAACAGAGUUUUUGUUGGAAAAGUCCGAUUGCUCUGGGGUAUACAAGGGGCCACUUCUCUGCUUUGGUUGCCAUGGAAAAUGAUGGUUAUGGCAACCGAGGUGCUGGUGCUAAUCUGAAUACUGAUGAUGAUGUCACCAUCACAUUUUUGCCUCUGGUUGACAGUGAAAGGAAGCUACUCCAUGUGCACUUUCUUUCUGCUCAGGAGCUAGGUAACGAGGAACAGCAAGAAAAACUGCUCAGGGAGUGGCUGGACUGCUGUGUGACAGAGGGGGGAGUUCUGGUUGCCAUGCAAAAGAGCUCUCGGCGGCGAAAUCAUCCCCUGGUUACUCAGAUGGUAGAAAAAUGGCUUGACCGCUACCGACAGAUCCGGCCCUGUACAUCCCUGUCUGAUGGAGAGGAAGAUGAGGAUGAUGAAGAUGAAUGAAUUAAAAA